CUCUAAUAUAUGAUAUAUACAGUCAGAAUUGCUUCCCUGCUAAAGGGGCAAAAAAGCGAAUAUGUUUUAGUCCUGGGAUGCACAUAUUGUAGUCAGUACUGUAGACUGCUGUACAAGCUCUCAGACAAUGAAAAAAGCGGUCUAUUGUAUCAUUUUAUGUAUGUACAUGCCAUUCUACUACUUAUAUACAUGAGUGAGCAAGGGGAAAGCUCUGGUGCAGCAGUAGAGCCAGGGAGGUAUGUGGGAAUAGUGAGAUUAUUGGAAUAUCCCAAUUUGGUAAUUUUUCCGGUGGUAGCGCUAUUCUUGGAAGCAAAACCAUACUGUUUCUAGUCAGUGAGUAUUAUGCUUAAUUUUAACAGUAUAGCCUGUAAUAUUGGCCAUGUUCUCUUUCUCUAGGGUUGAGUUACGUCGCAGCGGCUGCGUGUUGUGUGCAGGAGGUGUGCAAUGUGAUAAAUGCGCGGAAGCACAAGCUUAAGCAGCAGAACAGACAA